ACAAGCGGCCUACAAUGAGAAACCACGUGACCGCAAGACGUUGUCAUGACAACCACAACGGCGUUGUUGCAUAAACUAGCGACAGCGGGUUAGCUGCUGUACUGUGUUAUGAACUUCCUUUAGCUUGAAUGCAACAGUUUCUCGCUAAUUCUAUGCGCAUGGAAGACGACAUAGAUGCUCUUCUAGACGAUGUCGAAGCAAAGUACUGUGAACGGAUGUGCCAACGAGCAUCUGCGCCCACAGCUGGAACAUCUUCUGACGAUAGCAUUGAAGAAGCUAUAAAUGAAAUAUGCAGAGUUCCAGAGUUCAACGUUCCUAACCGUGAUCUCACCGAAAGUAAGCUAUUCGGUGGCAGAAAUAUCCAGUGUUAUGUGGUCUACCUUGGCGGCACAGAUGUGGUCUUUGGCGUGUCGACCAGUGCAUCAAAGAGGGCCUGCAGCCAUAUUCACUGCUGCAAGUGUGAUUUCCAAGUUAGUGUAUUCGAAGAUUUUGCCUGGGACGAAACAGCAGACUACCUGUUCUUCAGAAACAGUGUUCCGGAUGCAAGCAAACUUCGCUCAAGGCUUUUCCGGAAGCUUGGUUGGCGGGCCUAUUGCUGUCAGUGCCAUUGGCGCUCUGUAGCAGCACUUGCAUCAGCGCAACAAGAAAGGCUUCCUUGGAUGUGUGCUCGCCAUUAGGGAAAACCCAUACAAGCUGUUGCAAGGGAGAUGCACGCUACUACAGUUGCCUAGGGUGGUGUAUGCCAUGACGUAGAAGGUGCUCACAUGGGAGCAGAACACCAUGUUUUGGCCUUCACUCCAACUCACUCAGCUGUCUGCUGUGCUGCUACAUUGGACCAUACGAGUAGCCGUAUAGCAGACAAACAAGAGAGCCAAUAUGAACAUCCUCCAGUAAGCUAAAACGUUUACAUCUGUGGCUCUAUCUGAAACAAUAUUGUGUGUUAGCUUCUCUUUACAUUGUAUAAUAAAAAUAUGGCUUGCGACUUCCAAAUCUUGUAUGUCAUGAGCAAUUUCGCAUUUACAGUCCAAAACAAAAUAAAGCACAAAACUG